AAAUCACAAUUUUGAAACCCACCUCAAAAAAAGUCCCCUUUUCAUUUUCAUCAAAACCCUCCAGAAAAUCCAUCUUCCUCCUUCAAAUUUUUUGAAAAAAUAAAAAUAAAAUGAAAGCUUCUUUGAAAUUCAGAGAAGAGCAGAAACCCCUCUUCAAAGCCAAAGUACCCCUCAAUAUUGUAGGGUUACCCUUCCAAUCUUCCCUUUCUGCUGGAGAUUCUAAGGAACUUUCAUUAGGCCUUGGAACUUUCUUCGACUCUGGUCCAUCGUUUAGGCUUUCUUAUCGUCCAAACGAUGCGUUUAACCCUUUCUCUCUCCUUGUUAAAACUGGAAUUGGUCACUUCGGAUCGCCGAUUGAUGCCCCCAUGACCAUGACUGCUGAGUUUCAUUUUCUUGGUAACUCUUCAACUGCAUCUAAUAAUCCUAGGUUUUUUCUUCAUUUUAAACCUCAAUUUGGGGAUUUUUCCGUUAAAAAAUCGCAGUCUUCGUCGAUUACUGCGUUUCAACUAGAAUCGAAGCAAAACGGUACCGUUUUCGAGGAAGAUAGUUCAAUUGAAGUUGUAAACAAGCCGAAUGAAUUCGACAAUGGCGAUUAUUUCUCUGUCGGAAAAUCAGGAAGUAGUAUUACGUCGUUGCCCUUGAAAUCAUCUCUUGAAAGCGCUGUAUCAGGGAUGAUGUUAGGGGCGAAAACGGCACUUCCGAUUAAAAGCGGCGCCGUUUUGAAGCUCCGGUGGGGGAUUAAUUUCCCAGAAGGGUUUCAAUCUUUCAUGAAGAAUCCAACGGCUAGGAUUUCGCCACAUGGAAUCCCAUUACUGGUCCUCAACAAGAUUGGGAUUGAACACGUGGCAAAGGAAGAUAAGAAAGGGGGUCCUACUAACGUGGGUCCACAGAGCGGGAGUGCUGCUGACAUGGCAGAGACUUGUUUUACUAUAAAGCGGCAGCUUGAAACGCUGCGUUCUGAGAAUGCAAUGUUGGGGAAAGCUUUGGAUGAUUUGAAGGUUGAGUUUGGUAGUAAGGGUAAUAAGGUCAACAAUGGAGGUAGAAAAUUAAUGGAGGUAGAAAAUCAAGGGGAUGGUGGGAUUGGUGAGAUUAAUAAGGUUUGAAUAAUCAAGAAUUACUUGAUUUUUGGAGUAAAUUAAGACUAUAUAAGGAUAAAGUUUAAAUUUUUAUUACUAUUAUGAAUGUUAUUUUUUUAUUUAUACAUAAAUAAAAAUAGAAGUAUGAUUUUUGAUUA